CAACGAAUAUCCGAUAUUUCUUUUCCUCACCUUGCACAACUUCUUCAGUUUCUCAAGAAGAAUCAUGGGUGCACAUAAUUUGGGGCUCACCUGACUCUUUCCGUAAGGCCUUGAGGCUAGUUUAGCCAACACUAUUCACGCUCAACGAUGGGUCGCCCAACGGGAACGAAGAAUGCUCAGCAAGACGAUCGAUUCCAGUGACUCACCAUACUCUCACCACUUCGACUUAACGCCGACGAGCCAAGAGUUUGAGAUCCGGUCUUCCAUCUUCCCGUUUGCUUCGAUACUUUCCCCAAAAAUCAUACACAAUGUCGAGCGCUGCCUCACCCUUGGAGAAGGUUCUCCUCCUCGCAUACGAUGACAUGAAUACACUCGAUUGGGCAGGGCCUCUCGAGGUUCUGUCUAUGGCCACGACACCCUCUGGCUCUCCAGUCUUCGAGGUCACGAUCGCCACAGUCUCUUCUUCCCCAAACACCACCUCUCCGCUCCCGUCCGUCCAGACCGCCGAACGGGGAAUCAUCACGCCGCACGUUAACAUCGCAUCACGCUCUCCUGAUCUUCCCCAGAUCUUAGAGGGUUACUCGACCCUGGUCAUUCCCGGAGGACCUGUAUCGACCCUUCUCCGUCUGGCGAACGAUACCUCAGGACCCAUCAUCGAGUUGAUCAGAGCUUUCGCUGCGCUUCCACCGAAAGAUGCACGCGGAUACGAGCGCAUUAUCUUCACCAUCUGCACCGGAGCGUUCCACCUUCCUGCAACCGGCAUUCUUCGACGUUCGAGUGCGGCGAAGCGGGAGAUUCAGCUCGUGACGCACUGGUCAGCGCGCGAUGAGCUUCGUGGGCUGGCAGACAAGUAUACGGAUAAGGGCUGUCGUGUGGAGGUAUUGAACGACAAGAGGUUCGUGGAUGCUGGGAAGCUGUUGGGGACAGGCGAGGGAGGCGAGGGCGUCAGGUUGGUCACCUCAGGUGGUGUGUCGGCUGGGAUGGAUGCAGCUCUCUAUGUCACGGAGAGGAGGGCUGGCACGGAAUGCGCUAAGGGCUCUGCAAAGAUGAUAGAGACUGUAUGGCGAAGGGAAGAGGGUGUGAUCGCGAGCGAUUGAAGAGACAAGCUCGUAGGAAUUUUGCCCAAGGAAGGCUGUUACGCGUUGAAAUCCCAUCCCGUCGACUGUUGGAAUGAGCUAGAAUCCCACUUGUUGAAGAAGAUAAGUAUCCAGGCAUGCUCUCACGACUCAGAGCCCAUUCGGUGCGCCUCAGAAAUUGCUUCGCUAAGCUUGUUUGUGAUGUUCUGGAAUGCCUGUUUUGAAAUGAUCCAUUCGCUUUGAUGCUGCCGAGUUGUCCUAAACCACAACGUCUAGCGACA